UUUGAACCAAGCCAAUAUACCUUGAUCUGCCAGGUUCAGCUGUUAAGCUGCACAUAUCCACUCUAUGUGAUAAAGAUGCCGAUUUGUUUUUCGCCCCACAAUGAGAUGGAGAAUUUGUCAUGGACUUGGAACAAUGGCUAGAGCAUUGAUGUUUCCUUUGGAUUGGCCAAGGCCUAGUUGACUAAGUGGUUGCUUUCACACCAUCCACUGGGGUCCCAUUAUGUUAGACAUCAAAGACCAGAAACCAUGUUUUAUUAUUAUAAACUCAGAUCACAACUCCAUUACUUAAUACUACUUCCCCAAUAGACUAGCCAUCUAAAGACAAAAAGCUUGAAGACAAUGGUUCCUUGGCUUGGCGUUAUGGAAACCAAGUUGUAUUUCUUUUUCUUCUUCUUCUUCUUUGCUUUUAUUUGCCUCAGCAGUGCAUUCCCUACUUAUCUAAAAGCAGUUUGUCCAACCACAGACCUGUAUUCUCCAAACAGCACCUACCAAGGCAACCUCCAACACCUUCUCUCUUCUUUAUACAGUAAAGCAAAAUAUGGAACUGGAUUCUUUAAUACUUCAUAUGGGAGUUUUCCUGAUAUGGUCUAUGGCAGUUUCCUAUGUAGAGGAGAUGUUAGUGCAGAUGUUUGCCUAGAUUGUGUGGAAACAGCAUCACGAGAAAUCAUAAUACGUUGUCCAAACCAGAAGGGGGCCAUCACUUGGUAUGAUGAAUGUCAGCUUCAUUAUUCAAGCCAAUCAUUUUUCUCUGUGGUUGCAGACCACCCCAUGUUUUCCUUACAUAACGAAGACAAUAUCUCAAAUCCAGAUCAGUUUAGUAGGGUUCUGAAUGAAGCAAUGACAAGCCUAGUGUCGCAGGUUGCUUUUGAUCCUUCAAGGCACCUGUUUGCUACAAAAGAAGUAAAUAUUACUGCGUAUCAAACUUUGUAUGUCCUGGGGCAAUGUACUCUGGACUUGUCUGGCAGUAGUUGCUAUAGCUGCCUUCUUAAUUCUGUGGCUUAUCUUCCUACUUGCUGUGAUGGGAAGAUAGGGGGAAGGGUUCUUCGAGCAAGCUGUAAUGUAAGGUAUGAGCUGUACUUAUUCUAUACAAGAUCUGCCAUUGCACCAACUCCUUCAGCCAUUCCUCAUCCAACAGUCAGAACUACUGAUGAAGGGAAGGAUGGUCUUUCAUUUUCAACAACUCUUGCUAUUGUUGUGCCGACAGCUUUAGCUGUGGUGGUGAUCCUCUCACUGUGUUAUAUUUUGCUAACAAGAAAGGCAAUAAAGAAGGAAAAUCAUGUUGGAAAUGAAUCUCAGCCUGUUGGGUCCUUGCAAUUUGACUUGGAUACUAUUAGAGCAGCCACAGAUAACUUCGCAGAUGCAAAUAAAAUAGAUGAAGGUGGAUAUGGUACAGUUUACAAGGGCAUACUUUCAAAUGGAGAAGAAAUUUCUGUCAAAAGGCUCUUAGGAGAUUCAGGUGAAAUUGCAGAAGCAUUCAAGAAAGAGGUUUUUCUCAUGGCAAAGCUUCAACACAGAAACCUUCAGAGACUUUUGGGAUUUUGCUCAGGAGGAGGAGAAAGGAUGCUCAUCUAUGAGUUUGUCUCCAAUGACUGCCUGGAUUCCUUACUAUUCGACCCAGAAAAUAGAGCACAGUUGGAUUGGCCAAUGCGCCUCAAGAUCAUUGAAGGCAUUGCUCGAGGACUUCUUUACCUACAUGAUGAUGCACCACUCAGGAUCAUUCAUUGUGAUCUUAAAGUUUCCAAUAUACUGCUAGAUGGGAAGAUGAAUGCCAAAAUUUCAAACUUUGGCAUGGCAAUAGGUUGGGUAGAUGACCAGACCCUAGUGAACCCUCAUAGAAUUGCAGGAACAUAUGGUCACUUUGCUCCAGAGUGUGUGAUGCAUGGUCAAUUCUCAUCUCAAUCAGAUGUGUAUAGCUUUGGCGUAUUGCUUCUGGAAAUUGUGAGUGGCAACAGAAAUGAAUGUUCUAAUCAACCAGAGAAUGCAGAAAACCUUUUAAGUAAUGCUUGGAGAUACUGGAAUGAAGGGCAGGCAAUGGAGCUGAUUGAUCCGACUCUUAGCCAAUGCUGUCAAAAUACCGAAGUAAUGAAAUAUAUCCACAUUGGAGUACUAUGUGUUCAGGAGGAUGCAGCAGACAGACCUUCAAUGGCAUCAGUGGUUCUCAUGCUUAGUGGUGAUCCUUCUACUCUUCCGAUGCCUCGGUUACUGCCACCUUCUGUUCCUCAUAGAGCAGAGCCACAGAGGACAGCUGGUGAACUUGAGCCAUCAGCAAGGGAAUUGGGUGAAUACAAUGCAGAAAUCAUUUCUAUAGAUGAAGUCACAUUUUCAGAGUUGAGUCCUAGAUAAUGUAACUCUUGGCAAACAACUUCUUUUCAGUAUCAAAUUAUUGUCAAACUCAUUAGGUAAUUCUGUCUUGCUUUCAAAUAUGAUAUUCAAAGUAUGCCAUUGAUGGCCUACAUUAUAAUAUCUCGGAUGCUAUA